AUGCUUUAUUUAUUAUUCGCGUUUUUUGUGAAUUGCUCUGCUUCUCAAUGGAUUCGAGAUUUGAAUUUGCCGCCUCGUCUACUCGAAUAUUCUGUCGUCAAUUAUGCGAAUUUGCGAGAAAAGUGUAAAAAUGACGAGACUUGUAAAAUUGAUGUUGAUCAGAAAAUUUGCUUUGGGCAUGAGGAAUGGUGCUUGCGAAACGAUUCAAUGGCUUCGAAUCAGCGCCUGCUACAAUGCCAGAAAAAUUUGAAUCCAAAAGUCGUUGAUCAGUAUUUCGAACAGGCCGAUUUUGGAUAUUUAAAAUCGCGAAAAUUUGAGCACGUGAUCUGCGAUUCAAAGUCAGAGGAAAAAUCCUAUUUAAAAUGCUCAAAGCAUCUCGCAAAUUGUGUUGGAAAAAAUCUAUUUUUUGAUUUUUCCAAUUUAAACAUGAAAACUUCAAAAAGAUAUCGAGACGACGUUAUUCAAAAAGGCCAAAUCGGGGGUAAUUGUGAUAAUUUUGACGAGGUGCUUCUCGCUGAAAAUUCGAAACAAAAGGGAUUUCUGACGACGUGGGCCGACGAGUUACAACAUUUUGAGUCUCGUCAAGAAUUUCGCGUCUCUUCAGAAUAUUGCGAUGUGAUUUUCGAAAAACCCACAAUUAUGAUGAAAUUGGACGCAGCGACUAAUUUAUAUCAUCAUUUCUGUGAUUUUAUUAAUUUAUACGCUUCCCUACACCUAAAUGAGACAUUUGAGCAAGACGUCGAUAUUAUUUGGUACGAUACGCAUCCUGAUGGCUUCAUUGAUAAAUUGUACGGGGUUGUUUGGAAAGCGUUCUCAAAAAAUCAGCCAAUUGAAUUGAAAACUUUAGAUCAAAAGCGGGUUUGCUUCAAAGAUCUCCUUCUUCCAUUACUAGCUCGACAAAUAAAUGGGCUCUUUUACAAUAUGCCAUUAACUCAAGGAUGUUCGGGCUCAGCUUUUGUGAAAUCAUUUUCAGAUUUUCUACUUCAUAGACUUUCAAUCGCAAAAUCUCAGCCGCUUCUUGACGAUGUCCGAGUGGUGAUUCUCACAAGAUCAACGUCAUUCCGACGAAUUCUGAAUAUUCAAGAGGUGAGAUUUGCGAACGAACAAGUGAACAAAGGCAACAAUCGAAAGACCACCAGAUAUGUACAGAUAAAACAAAAAAAGAACAUUUGA